GAUUCGCAGUUCUGCAGCCAGUCUUUGGAAACUUCCGAAAAGUGAUCGUAAGGAGAAUAUAAACACUGGCAGCUGGUUGACAACACGGCUAAUGUCUUUUAUGAUUGAUUGAGGAAUUCGUGGUAAUGGUGCAAGUCGUAACGAGCGUCUUUUCCACAGCGAAACCUGUUGGGGCAACACUUGGAAUAAUUCUUCCUACAAAACGUCGAUUUAGUGUAACUGUACAGGAGCGCUCCUCGUCCUAAACUUGCAGAAAUCUUGCGAUUUGCAGGACUCGUUCUGGUAACCUUGUGUGAAGAGGAUUAAGCAGGUGUGGAGGCGACGGCGGUGGGCGUGGGAUGCGAGCGCAGUGGCGUGCGUGUGGGACUGAGGGAGGAUGGUGAAGCAUCAGCCCCUGCAGGUCUACGAGAGACAGCUGUGCUUGUCCUGCAUCACUGGCAUCUACGGUUGCCGUUGGAAACGCUACCAGCGCUCCCAGGAUGACACCUCUAAGUGGGAGUGCACGUGGUUCUUUAUCCUGUGCUGCUCUUUCUUCCUGCUGCUGUUCUGGACCUACUUUUGGUGGGAGGCCCACAAUGACUACAACGAGUUUAACUGGCUGCUGUAUAACCGGUCAGGAGAGUGGAGUGACGGCACUGUGCCCAUUCUCACCACCACUGUCGUGGGCUUCACUUACACCACAGUCUUAAUGGGGUUGGCUCUAUGUCACAUAGCACUCGGACAACAGUUGAACCUGUUCUGGAUCCACAAGGUGUGCGUGCUGGCCGUUCUGCUUACUACCAUCACAGGUGUGGUGUCCAUCGAUGACCUGUGGAGGACGGAGUGGGACAUUGUCAUCAUCUCUUUACAGUUCACAGGUCCAUUCCUGCACAUUGGAGCAGUAGUCGUGGUGACGGCUCUUGGCUGGUUGGUGGCAGGGUUUGUUGUGCGCGGAGAGAGAUCACGGUUUCAGAUGGCGGUGGUGUGUGUGUACGUGUGUGUGCUGCUCCUUCUCUAUCUGGCUCCGUUGGCCAUCAGCUCCCCGUGUGUGAUGGACAAGAGCAGCCUUAGUCCCCGCCCCCUGGUCAUCGCACGGAGGGGUGCACCCAUGCUGGCGCCAGAGAACACGCUGAUGUCCUUCAACAAAGCCCUGCAGCACAGCGUCGCCGCCCUGGAGGCUGAUGUGGCUAUCAGCCUGGACGGUGUGCCCUUCCUGAUGCGAGACCGGACGCUGAGACGGACGACAGACGUGCAGCGCCUCUUCCCCUCCAGACAGUCCGACGACGCCUCCCUCUUCUCCUGGACCGAGCUGCGCUCUCUCAACGCAGGACUCUGGUUCCUCAAGGAUGACCCCUACUGGACUUUGUGGUCCUUGUCUCCGCGGGAGCGUCGGCGGGCGGGGAACCAGACGGUGUGCAGCCUGGCCGACCUGCUACGCCUGGCGCUCAAAGCCAACCGCUCCGUGAUGCUCAACCUGCGGCGCCCGCCGCCCACCCACCCGCGACACCACCUCUGGGUCAACGACACGCUCCGCACCCUGCAGCGCUCCGGCAUCCCACUGGACAAGGUGUUCUGGACGCUGGAGGUGGACAGGGAGAGGGUGCGGCGUUUGGCCCCUCGACUCCGCCAGACGUCUCCGAGGAAACUCCCUCUGAAGGAGCUCCGGCAGAAGGGCAUCACUGCCCUCACACUCCACUACAGCCUGGCCCUGCCAUACGACAUCAGGCAGUACUCGGCGGGUAACGUGAGUGUGAACGUGCACACGGUGAAUGAGCCCUGGCUCUACUCUGUGCUGUGGUGCAGCGGCGUCUCGUCCGUCUCCUCCGAGGCCCCCAACCUGCUCAAAGACGUGCCUCACCCAACAUGGCUGCUGAGCCCUGACGCGUACUACCUGAUCUGGAUCGCAUCUGUGCUGCUCUCCUUUGCUGCUGUCGUUGCAAUAUUUGUACAUCAGAAGUGGAAGAUGAGCGGUAUGCAGAGCUACAACCCUGAGCAGAUCAUGCUGAGCGCCGUGGUGCGCCGACCCAGCCGCGACGUCAACAUCAUGAAGGAGAAGCUCAUCUUCUCAGAAAUCAACAACGGUGUGGGGAGCACGGAGGAGUUGUCCAUGUACGCGGAGAACGGAUAUGUCCGCUACACGCACAGCGGCCUUCUGCGCUGACACACUGAGACCCGCCCUGAUAGGAGGAGCUGACACACUGAGACCUGCCCUGAUUGGAGGAGGAGGAGCUGACACACUAAGACAUGCCCUGAUUGGAGGAGCUGACACACUGAGACCUGCCCUGAUUGGAGGAGGAGGAGCUGACACACUGAGACCUGCCCUGAUUGGAGGAGGAGGAGCUGACACACUGAGACCUGCCCUGAUUGGAGGAGGAGGAGCUGACACACUAAGACACGCCCUGAUUGGAGGAGGAGGAGCUGACACACUAAGACACGCCCUGAUUGGAGGUGGAGGAGCUGGCACACUGAGACCCGCCCUGAUAGGAGGAGCUGACACACUGAGACCUGCCCUGAUUGGAGGAGCUGACACACUAAGAUCCGCUCUGAUAGGAGGAGAGCUGGCAUGCUAAGACCCACCCUGAUAGGAGGAGCCAAUACUAAGACACCCCCUGAUAGGAGGAGCUAACACUAAGAGCUGCCCUGAUAGGAGGAGCCAAUACUAAGACACCCCCUGAUAGGAGGAGCUAGCACUAAGAGCUGCCCUGAUAGGAGGAGCCAAUACUAAGACACCCCCUGAUAGGAGGAGCUAGCACUAAGACCCGCCCUGAAGAGCUUGAAAACAACAAGGAGGGCAAACAGUUGCAGACUGUCUGUCUUAUGUUAUUGACCUUGAUAAGUGUGUUGUGUGUAUUGAUGGCUGUUCUUGCUUUGACCAUUUGUGAUCUGUAUUCACUGAAGUUGAAGUUGAAUGUUCUUAUUAAUAUGUAUGUUGUUGUUUUUGGUUCAGUUACUGUGAAUAACCUAAAUAAGGUAGUUUAUUCCAAAAAAAUCCUGUGUUGUAUUUUGAUUUUAAUUGUCCGUUUCAAGUGGGGUUGUGAAACUCACACCAUUUUUAUUGACCUUUAUGUAAUGGACUCUCACUCUGCUGCCUUUACUCUACUUCCUGUAUGUCCAUGUAGGGAAACAAACCAUUAGAAUCAGAUGCAUUGUAGCCAUUAGGAACAGAUGCAUUGUUAGGCAUUGCAAAAAGUGAACUUAAAGUGUCUUCAAGAAAUACUCUUCAUUUGUUGCAUGUAGCUUCAGAAUGUUGUCAUUUCCAGGCAGAUAAACAUUGAUCUCAGAUAGACAGACAUAUCUGUCUGGUGUGUGAAACACAAUUAAUGUGAUGUUUAACAUAGUACAUCUAGACUAUAUUAUCUUAUAGGAGUGUUGGAAUACACAUUUACAGCCACACACACACACACGCACACACGCACACACACACACACACAUAUUUUUACCUCGUUGUGCUACUCUACUUGGUUAAAUAAGCUACAGUUAAGAUUGAGUAAAUGUACAGUUGCUGUAAUGUUCACUUGCUUGUCCCACGGCUACAUUUCUUCUAUGAUUUGCAUAUACGCCAGUUUAUGUAGUUUGUAAUUAUUUGUAGUUCAGGUAUAAAUGUUGUUUGAAGUGCUCACUGCAUUAACUAGGACCAUACAUGGAUGUGUGUGUGUGUGUAUGAUGUACGUAUGUGUGUGUACUAUCAGUAUCUCUAUAGGGACUACAUGAUGUUGCCCAUGGUUUUGGUCCUGCCUGUGUCCCAUGUGUGUGAACAGCACAUUACACAGAACAAGAGAACAGGAAGCAUCGAGGACCAGAAUGGGUUAACAAUUGAACUGCAUAGGGAUGAAUGGGGAUGAAUGGGUUAACAAUUGAACUGUAUUGGGGAUGAAUGGGUUAACAAUUGAACUGUGUUGGGGUAUAUCGUCCUGCUGGAAAGGCUGAUUUCCUAAAUACGGAAUUUAUUUUUGGAGGUAAAAACAGCCAAUGGCUACUUCCAAGGGUUUUAACUGUAAAUGCCUUUAUAAAAUAUAUUGAAAGUAGUGUCAGUUUGUUGUUGUAUUUACAUGGGCAUACUGAAUUUACUAAAGAAAACUAGAUUUAU